AUCUCUCCUCUUAAACCCUAGUACCCAAAAUUUCGCUACUGAGAUCUAAGAUCUCCCGCAAAUUGGAAUUCUUUCAUCUACGCUUGAUAUCUCCAUUUGAGGUAAAACUUGCAUAUGUUCUGGAACGGCCAACAAUUCUCAACCAUCUAGUGCUCAGCCACAUUGGCCUCCUGCAGUCGGAUCCGUGGGUCCUCAAAGUUAUGACUCUCCCUUUUCUUCACAUGUAGUUGCUCCUUUUUUUAGCGACUGUUUUUUCAUAUUUUGACAGCAACUUAUUAAAUGCAUUGUGUGCGGAAUUUUCCAUCACAGUUUUGACCAGUGGUCCCAACACAGCAAGGACAUCACUUUGUUUCAGCUGCUUCUCAACACUUCCCUCUCCAAAUGUUGGUAUGCCAGCUGUUCAAAACCAGCAGAUGCAGUUUUCUAACCAAAUGCAGCAGUUUCCACCUCGGCCAAAUCAUCCUGGUUUUUCUACACCUUCACAACAGCCAGAACAAGUAACAUAGGGCCAAACAAACAAGCCUCUUACAUUUGAACCGCCGCAUCAAUCUGCUCCCCCUUUGAAUAGUCAUAUGCCUGGUGUAGGAGCCCCUGGAAUUCCCCCAUCUUCAUCAUAUGGUUUUUCACCAUCUGCUUUAGGCCUGCCGCAGAACAUCAGCACACCUUCUCAGUUUCAGCCUACAUCUCAAGUGCAUGCAUCGGUUGCCCCAGUUGCUGGGCAACCUUGGUUGUCAACUGGAAAUCAGAGUGUUUCACUUGGUACAUCAACACUGCAGACUAGCCAAUAACCUCCCCUUUCUUCUGCGGAAGCGGUUGCAAAUGUCCCUAUCCUUACUCUGCAAUCUUUCUGAUUGGCAAGAGCAUACAUCAGCUGAUGGAAGAAGAUACUAUUACAACAAAAAGACAAGGCAAUCUAGUUGGGAAAAGCCUCUGGAACUGAUGACACCAAUAGAGAUCCAAAUCCCGAAGCCCAUUACCAGAAGCCCAAACAGUGACCCAAUACCCAUGUGAAAAACCCAUUAGGGUUUUUGCUGAACCCUCUCCCAUGCGUCGCCCAUUUUCGACCGUUGGAUAUAAUCGAGAUCCAACGAUUCACAAGCAAUCAGAUAGGGUUUUCAGCCUAAGGAGUUGUUGCCGCCGUCGAUGGAAUCUAGACUGUUUGGCCAGCGCGUGAGAUGCACACGCUCAUCCUCCAGCACCUAAUUGGCGCGUGAGCUUCACCGGUCGCCUUCCCAUCCGUGUGAGCCGUCGCCAUGGUCAUCAAUAUGGCCAAACAGUGACAAAGUACCCAAAUCAGUAAAAAAACAACCAAAUCCAAAACCCCAUUUAAAAAAAUCAAAAUCCCACCAAAUCUGGGAUUUCACCUAGGAAAAUCAUCCCCUAUCAAUAUCAAUAAAAACACUGUUUUCGCCCAGAAUCAUCCAUAAAUAGAGCAUGCAACCAUAUUUUAAGGGAGAGUUUUAUUUUUUUUUUGUGAAAGAGGAGUUUCGAAAAAAGAAAACAUAGAAAAAAUCCACCAAAAAGUCAUCAUAUUCAUUUGGGGCUAACUAGACCCUCGAUCGACACCAACCCACGGUAGCCGGAGUGGGAUGCCAUGGACAGCGGCUGGGGAGAGUUGAGAGAACUCUCUUUUUGCUUCUUUAGGAAAUGGCUGGGGGAAUAUGAAAUGAGAAAGUAUGGUUCCAAAACCCUUAAUAUGAUAUAUAACCACACAAAGAAACAAUGUCGUUUUGGCUCUUGGGUUACAUACGCUUAGCGCAUGGAUUAAU